AUCAUCUGAUCUGAAUACCAUGCGCUUCCUGAUUGAUCCGACCCAGCCACAGACCCUCAUCCGAUCUCUUGCCUCAAUCGCUCAGUAAUACUUAAGACCGACCGAAGGACAGGCAAUAAACCCCGCAACCGCUGGUCGGCAACACUUUCCCCUCGUACACUCCUGUAGGAAUCUUCACAAUUUACCCCUCGACAUGUAUUUUCUCCACCAUCACAGAGUCGUGCAGACCACCAACAAUUUCGUGAUUGCUAUGUUGUACUUGAUAUUCACUUUUGCCCUUGUACCAUCCAUAUUGGCAGCAGCAGUGCCUAGUCCUGCGACCUUGGAUUUACAACGUCGCAUUUCUCUGCGUUCAACAUACUCCGUUAACGAUUUCUGCUGUGCCAAGCUCGAUCCUCGCGGCGGAGCACAAUCUUCGGUCCAAACCUAUGAAAUGAUCCAAAUCUAUCAUCCACUUUCCAAACCCCACCCGUCCUUCGAAAGAGUAUUACUCCAAAAAAGCACAGAAACGUGCCAUCGAAGGGACCAGCAAACUCUUGGAGGCAACCAUGACCGAGCUGGGUAUCAACUUGCCGGACUCGGAGCUUAGGGAGGCGAUGCUGGUUUAUGGAUUCAUCGGAAAGCCGG